GGGGCGCGCGAUUAUUAACCCUUCACGGGGGGGGGCAGAAAUCAAUCCCUUCGCAGCCCCCCCUUUUAUGCAGGGAGGAGUAAGAAAGAAGCCUUCAGGGGAGGAGGGAGAGAAGUUCCUCUCGGGCGCGGAGGGGCAAGAAAUGCAGCUUCCUCCGGGGGUGGGAUAAAUUAAUCCCUCAGCAGCGCCCCACCCCAGAAUGACCGCCCCCUCCCUCAAAGACUAUUUCCUCAGGUGCAGGGACAGACUUUGCGGCGGUUGUCGCUCGCGCGACUUGGCCGAAGGGCAAGCACCCGCCCCCGCCCGAAGCCGGUUCCCGGCCGGUGGCGGUGAUGUGAAUUCAGCUCCGUGCAGGGAGGCCGGGUCCAACCACUCAACCUCCGGCCAGCCCGCCUGGGCGCCCCCAGCAGCACGCACGGCUGAUGAGGGGGCUGGCCUAGGGCGGCGACCAGGGCGAAGACGACACCGACGAGGAGGAGGAGGCUGCUGUCGCCGGCGCCGCCUCUUCCUCCCCGUCCCGCCCUGUGGAAAAAGUUGCCCGCUCGCUCUCGCCGCCGCCGCUGUGCUGCUAAAGAAAAAGGAGGAAGAAGAAGGAGGAGGCGGCGGCGGAGGGAGAGAGCGAGAGGGAGCCGCCGCUGUCCCCACAGCAUGGAGCGGAGCAGCCUGUCAGCCCCGGGGAAGAAGCAAGAGGGGGAUGGCGAGGGGGAGGCUGGCGGAGAAGCGGAGCAGGAGCAAGGCGGGGAGGAGGGAGAAGGAGAGGAGGAGGAGGAGGAGGAGGAGGCGCCCCCUGACUCGCCCCCUUUCUUCCUCCUCUACCCGGGCCGGGGAGGCGCCGCCGCGCCCGGCUUCCAGCCCCAGAGCGCCUGGAGAGCCGCCCCGCCGGGCCCUUGUGGCGUCCCUCUGCCUGUCUUGCUCAGUUACAUCGGGCCAGAACCGGGACAGCACCGCACCGGCAGCGCCCACUCUUGGGAGGAUUUGACAGAUUUGGUGGAGCAAUUGCGCGAUGAUACAGAAGAUCCCAACUAUCUCAUGGCUAAUGAACGCAUGAACCUGAUGAAUAUGGCUAAAUUGAGUAUAAAGGGCUUGAUUGAAUCUGCUCUUAAUCUUGGGAGAACGUUGGACUCCGACUAUGCACCUCUUCAGCAGUUUUUUGUAGUGAUGGAACACUGCCUUAAACAUGGCCUAAAAGCCAAGAAGACUUUUCUGGGCCAAAACAAGUCAUUUUGGGGACCUCUGGAACUGGUAGAGAAGUUUGUCCCUGAAGCUGGAGAAAUCACAGCAAGUGUUAAAGAUCUGCCGGGGCUGAAGACCCCUGUGGGUAGAGGAAGAGCCUGGCUUCGUCUAGCACUAAUGCAGAAGAAGCUUUCAGAGUACAUGAAAGCCUUGAUAAAUAGAAGAGAAAUUCUCAGUGAAUUUUAUGAACCUAAUGCACUCAUGAUGGAGGAAGAAGGCGCCAUAAUUGCUGGCCUUCUAGUAGGCCUGAAUGUCAUUGAUGCAAAUUUCUGCAUGAAGGGUGAAGACUUGGACUCUCAGGUUGGAGUUAUUGAUUUUUCAAUGUACUUAAAGGAUGGGAGCAGCAGUAAGGGCAGUGAGGGAGAUGGUCAAAUUACUGCAAUUCUGGACCAGAAAAAUUAUGUAGAAGAGCUCAAUAGACAUUUAAGUGCCACAGUCAACAAUCUUCAGGCAAAGGUUGAUGCUUUAGAAAAAUCCAACACUAAACUUACUGAGGAGCUUGCUGUUGCAAACAACAGAAUUAUAACACUUCAAGAAGAGAUGGAACGAGUCAAAGAAGAAAGUUCAUACAUUUUGGAAUCCAACAGAAAGGCAACUAAGCAAGACAGAACAGCAGACGGACACGCCCUCACUGAAGCACGGAAACAGUUGAAGGAGGAGACACAGCUACGACUGGAUGUGGAAAAAGAACUUGAGGUGCAGAUUGGAAUGAGACAAGAGAUGGAACUGGCCAUGAAAAUGCUGGAAAAAGAUGUUUGUGAGAAGCAAGAUGCACUGGUGGCACUCAGGCAGCAACUUGAUGAUCUCAGGGCCCUAAAACAUGAGCUUUCCUUCAAGCUGCAGAGUUCAGACCUGGGAGUGAAACAGAAGAGUGAACUAAACAGCCGCUUGGAGGAGAAGACCAAUCAGAUGGCUGCUACCAUUAAACAGCUUGAACAAAGUGAAAAGGAUUUGGUGAAACAGGCAAAAACCUUAAAUAGUGUAGCAAACAAACUGAUUCCGAAGCCCCACUAGGCAUUAUUUUCUUUUUGCAGCUGGUCACCUCACAACUCUGACAUCUCAACUUGGUUAUGGGGGGAAAGCAAAAGGAGAUCAAGAAUUUAGAAGUCAGACUUAAAUGUUAUUACCUAAAGUUGACUUGGAAUUUGGUGGAUUUUUUAAAAAAACUGGUUAUCUUUUGGAAGUAGAAAAGUUAGCAUAUAAUCUUUCUGCCCUCAAUUAUUUGUUGCUUAAAACUUUUUACUAAACUUUAAACAAUUUGACUGGUACAUACUCCAGAAAGUCGUCAGUGAAAUGGGAUCUGUGGCUCUAUACAUAUUGUUGGUACAAAAAGUGUACAGCCCAAGCAUUUUACUGUUAAUGGAAGUUGUGAAGCUUUUCCCCAGCAACAUCAGAUUUAAGGGAAGCAGAGAUGGUUUUCUCUCUGUUGUGAAGUAGAUGAAGAAAAUACAUCAGUGGAAGUUGAGAAGUAGUUGAGUGUUCUGCUGCAAGUCAUGGUCCCCUAGCUUUUGAUGUUCCAUUUGAUCUCCGGACCAGGACACGUGUGCAUUCCAAAUUAAUACUUUGUCAUUAUGAAGUUCUAGUCCUUGUUAACCAAAGGCUUGUCUGCACUGCACGUGUUUCCCCCUGUGCAUUUAUCACUAAUUUUAUGUGCAUAGAAAGUGUUUCUGCACAGCAUACCAUUCAAAGAAUGCACUGAUUCUUGGAUGCCACACUUAAAAACAUCCCAACUAAAGAAGGAUCAGACCCUUCACUUUAUAGCAGAGCCACCUUUAGUUUUCUGCCCAGCCUUGCUCGGCUCCUGCCUUUUCCCCUGCUCUCUCUUGUAUUGGGGUUAAAUUGCAUUAUUCCACUAUCUCCAUGAGCAUGGAGGAGUGUAUCUUUCAGGAGUCUCCACCCCAGCCCCUGCCCCCGCCCCCACUUACCUAUUCAUCUGAUGGACACCACAUGAUUUUGAUAUAACCCACUGAGCAUGGACAUAAGGAAAUAUGCAGAGGAAGGCAGAGAUGAUACAAAGUGAAUAUAAAGCAGAUUAUGCAAAUCAAAUUGCACCAAGCCGUAACUGAGAUUUUGCAGUGCAGGGACAAGCCAAGGCAGUUUCUAGCCCUUUUGUGUAAGGCAGAAAUCAUUUAUUCUCUGUUUUCAUUUUUAAGCAACAUGGAUGCAAAACUAGUGACUAGCUGUGUUUCAAAAUGCUACAUCCUCCUUAACUCUGCAUUGCCUUCUACCUCUGCCCUCAUUUUCCUAAACAAACAAGCAUUCCAACUCUCAUGAUAGGUGUGUGUGACUCUCUCUCCCUCUUUUAGGAAAGACAUAUUGUAAUAAUUCUAGUUUUUAUCUUGUUUAAGAGGGAUGAAUGAAACUGGUAGUGAAUUACUGCUGGUCAGUCAUUAACUCAGAGUAGCUACAGCUUACAAUAAUUUUGUUUAAAGUUGCCUUUGACUCUUGUUAAUGUUUCUAAGUAUUUGAUUCAAAUAGGGGAUUUACUGAGAGUUCUGGCAAACUAAUGAAAGACCAGCUAAAAGUAGCAUAAGAUGACAUCUUGCUGCAGCUCAAAAUAAAAUCUUAAGUUUUUGUAUUUAGAAUGAAAUUAGGGGUCUCUUUCCUGUGGUUGCAAGAGUUCACCGUACUGAUCUCUAAGCAGGUUGGUUUUAGUGUGUAGAUAGUCUCUAUCAAUACUUCUUGAGAUAGCCAAAUUUGGCUUUUCUGAGUUUAAAUGGUCUGUUUGGGUUUUGUUUUUAAUUCCCUCUUAUGUAAAUCUUCUCAUUUUCAAGCAGAAUGGGGGAUCUGUAAUAAAGUUGAAAAGAAGAUUGUUGACUGAUUUUUAAAAUCUAUAAAGCUGCAUCCUGCUCUCUCAUGCAGAGAAAGAGAGAGCACCUUUGGCAGAGCAGCAGAUUUGUUCUUUAAGAACUAAGAACUCUUGAAAAAUUGCACUUUGGUGUAGUAUGUUUAAAAAGGUACCCAGUGAAUUUGGAGGGAAGUCCGUUGAGAUGCCAUUUUGAAUUCUAUCACAAAGUAAACAUGUUUUCAUCAAAACAUCUAAAUGGGUACCUAAUUAUAAAUCCUCUGUGGAGUAUGAGAACUCUUUCACUUAAUUCCUUCUCAGAUUAGAAUUUGAGCUUUUACAAGACCCAAAUCCACUUGGCUUGCUCAGUGAAGGACUGGCCCACCUGGCUGACAUCAUGCCUGAUUGACCAUCAGAGUGAAAUAAAAGAGUGGUUGGGGGGGAACUUCACUGUUAGAAUUAUGAGGAGAAUUGUCUUCUCAAAAAACAACGCAGUUGCUUAGUUUGGUAGUGUUCCCAAAGCAUUUUGACAGCAUUUUCUUGAUCAAGGGUGAAAAUGUAUUUAUACUCUGUAGUACUCUCCAACUACUUGGAAAUUUCCCCCAAGAAACAUGCACUUCUGAAAUGUGUUUGGAACACUCUCAUUCUGCAGCUGUCUUUCAUUUGGGAGCUUUUCUGCAGCUGUUCUUGAUCUCCUGUGGUCGUAGAAUUGGUCCUUUCCAAAUGGGCUGCUUCAAAAACCAAACACCUUCCUUUAAGUUUUGACCUAGGGAGUACAUUGUUACCAGCUCUGAGAAGUAGGACCCCAGUUUGAGUGGAGAACAGAAAAUCUCAGGAUCACUAUUGUCAAGUGGUCACUCUCUGAGAGUGGGCUUGGUUCUGGCUGGGGGAAAGGAAGCCACUUUAGAAAUGUAAUGGGCCUGGAUUGGGGCUUUAGCAGCUGGUCAGCACCCUGUCCCUCUCCUUCCCAAUCCUCGACUUAAACUAUUAAACUCCUGCCAACCACACACGAAGGAUGGGCUGGUUUGAAUGUUCAUAUGGGCACAUGGUGCUGUCCUCCAUGCUUUUCACAUGUUGAAAGACUUUGACAUGGAGGUGCUUUCAAACAAGGGAUUUUCACAUGUGCAUUUUGAAAUUGUAUGUGGAGAACUAUGCCACUUGCAUGCUUAUGGAAUCUCCUUCAAGAUGGCAUUUUCAUCCACAGAUGAUAGCUACAUCUUUUUGUUGAGCAAUUGCUCAUCUGCCCUCCAGUUAAGCCAUUCUGCAUUUGCUGCAUGGCUGGUAGAUAUAUGCAGCCUGAAGUCAACCCCCAUAUUGUGAAAGUCCACUCUUUCCCCCAUCAUAGCCAUGCCUCAGUAGGCUGGAGGCCUAGCUACUUACCCAUGACACUUCUGUUUGAUUUGAAGCCCUGUGUGCUUAACCUGAUGUAACAGUUGUGAAAGAGACCAGACAAAUGCACUAAUUUCUUAAUAUAGUAGGUAUUCCAUGAUGCAAGUUCCAGUUACAUGUAUACAGCUGCAAUGUAACGUAAUUUUUUUUAAAAAGACAAUACUGUGUACUUGAGGUUUGCUUUGACUAUGGAUAAAAGUGGUGAUUUAUGUUUAUCAUCUAAUGACUGUAAACUGUAGUAAUAGAAUAAAAAAAAAAUGAAAACCAA